AUGGCCGCCCCUCCACGUCGGCCGUUCCGCAUAUUUCGCAAAGGCGACGACCUCGAUAUAGACCAUCUCGAUGAGCUUCCUUUCAUCCACGUCAGUCUAUUAGGACACGGUCACAGUGGCACAGUAGAAAAAGUCAGGGACAAUAAUACUGGUGAAUUGUUCGCCAGGAAGACAAUCACUAUACCUGCGAGUAGAAGAGUGAGAUCUGAGAGAUCGGAUACCUUUCACAACGAAGUCCGAACAAUACGAAAGCUCAGUCAACAUCGGCAUAUAAUCGAGGUGUUCGCGACGUACAUAACGGAGGAGCAUUUUGGGCUGAUCCUCCGGCCUGUUGCGGAAGAAGGCGAUCUUUCAAAAUUUCUGGAUAGAUACUGGAAGCUUCGUCAAAUAUCAGCUCAAUCAGAAGCGGAUGAUAGGCGCUUAGUUCACAUGAGUGGCAUACUGAAGCAGGCUUUUGGGUGCCUAGCUAGUGGCCUGGUGUUCAUGCAUACAUCUGGUAUUAGACACAAGGACAUCAAGCCCCACAACAUCUUGAUCCACAAAGGAGCAGUCGUCUACACCGAUUUUGGUUACUCGCUAGAUACCAGCAUGUUCAGCAAAAGUUGCGUAUAUCUAGAGCUUCUCUCAGCUCUUCGCGACGAGCCCGCCUUGUGUCCUGAAGGUUCAGAUCUCUCAGCCCAGAAAGACCGCAUAUUUGCCGCCAGCAUGGACGAGAUACACACGUGCCUGGCCGAUCUUCACCUUCCAGAAGGGCUGGAGUUUCUCUCUAGCAUCAUUGUACUGAUGACAGGUGCCCAUUGGAAGCAUCGUCCAACUUCCGAGGUGGUUGUACAGCAUUUCGCUGACAGAACAGACUUCUCUUGUGCACAAUGUUGCACCAGAGUGCCACCUCGGCUGCGUGGUGAAGAUCAAUGGCAGUGGAGUGAGCCCUUUAAAGACUACUACAUUGCCUCGUGCGAUGAAUCAGAAAUACCCACUGCCUCGUCAAAAUUGCUACAAGCGCCCUAUGCAAAAUUUCGUAGUAGAGAUGGUCCUGACGCUCGAACCUUUUGGGUGCUCGGUAGAGUCUUCAGAAUGAAGAAAUGGAGAGUCAACGUUCAGACUCAAGCUCGCGACGACACCUCUUCGCUGCAGACUUCCAGUGAAAAAGUCCAAUCUGCAGUGCAGUGCUUUGUCGUAGUAAAAGUCAACCAAACUUAUGUUCAGACCUGCCUUAUCACAACGUAUAAAAAAAAGGGCACACUUGGCCUUGAUUGCGAUCCUUCCAAACACACGAUUGUCUUCUCGUCUGGUAUCGAUUCCCAGACCUGUUAUCUGGAUGGCGAGCGCGAGCGCGGUUUGGUAAAACACCCUAUCGAGGUUGCACUGAUUGAACGGACGACCAAGCUUCCACGACAGUCGCGAAUCAGCUUGGUUAGCACGGUGGCUGUCAAUUUUGGUGAUCAAGUGAAGGAUAUUGGUAUGGUGAUACCGGAGCAUCGGGAGUUACUUCGCCAAUAUUGGAGCGAAGAGAGAGAGGAUUUCGAUGAUGAAGUCUGA